GCCGAGGCAAUCGUCUUCUCCGUUUGUUAGGGUUUGUCACCAAAGCCGUAGCUCACUGUGAUAUUGAUAUUGUUUGAACAGGGUGAUACUGAUAUCCAGCUGCAAUGUAUCUUCAGUACUACAUCAACGAGAAUGGUGAUAAAGUGUACACCACUAAGAAAGAAUCACCAUUGGGGUUGGUUACUCAAUCUGCUCAUCCAGCUCGAUUCUCCCCUGACGACAAAUACUCGAGGCAAAGAGUUCUUCUGAAGAAACGUUUUGGUUUGCUGCCAACCCAGCAGCCACCUCCCAAGUACUGAACAGACAGAUCUCUUCUACUGCACUUUUUGAAGCUUACCUUCGGAGAUGGCAAUGAGUAAGUAAUGGAGUAUUUUUUUCUUAUUGUUGCUGUGUAAUACAGUUUAUCCUCCACUAUAAUGUAGCAGAAGUGAUUUAGGAUCAUGGUGUUAAGAACUUCACUAGAAAACCAUGUGGCAUGAAUGCAUGUAGUCCUUUUCAUUUUUGUGCCUGCUAAAAAGAAUGCAAGAUUUAAUUUAGGAAUUAAGGAAAAUCAUGACA